AUGGCGGUCGUGGUUACGCAAACUAUUCCUUUCGAUCAAUCCGUUCUCGAAUUUCAGAAUGGGUCACGGUGGCACACUCUCCUACCUCUCGUUCGGCCGACCUUAUUGUCAAAGCGAACAAGUAAAGGUCAGGCUAUCCUUAUCGAUCAGGAUCAUGCAAAGGGCACCUCUGUAAAAGUCGUCGUGCUCAGCGGCGCCGGCAAUUUAUCGAGCAAGCUUCUGGACGAGCGCAAUGUUACUGCUGUUGCUAUUGGUCAUGCUGGAGACCAACCGCUUAUUGCCCACAAUCUCCAGCAAGAUCUGCAAGCUCUGGGCAUUUCCUCAAGUCAAGGCAUCGUAGUCCUACGAGCUGGCAACAAGAGAAAAAUCGAAUUGCACGGAGAUCAAAUCCUCGAGGUUGAGGCAGGAAGUGAACUGGAGCUGGACCAUAUUUUGCAUCUUCUUGCCAACGCAGAAGAGUCGUGCAGGUCAUCAACCGACGAUGUUGCGGAACUGCUUAAGCAGUUCACAAAGCGAGCAAGCACUGCCCAUUCACGAUUUCAUACUGAGAAGGCAGAAGGCAACCCAUCAGUACUGCAUACCUCCGGUCCUGCAGGCUUUGAGAAGGCAAGGCAUGCGGUAGAGCGUGACCUUACGCAUGUUAUGAAGGCCCACGCUUCGCGGGAGGAGCAGGUCGUGUAUAGCGUGCAUUUCUCGGAUGUCAACGGACUCAGCCGCUUGGAGAAUUAUAUCAUCGCUGGGGAGGUUGCAAAGUACUUUGAGGAAGAGUCGCAGAACGUACCAUACCGACUGUCGCAUUCAACCAUCCUUGACCACUCAAAUGCUGCAAGAGGCUUCAGCAUCUCGAUCUGCCCGGUCUCGAGCGAGUACCUGGCCGCACAGCCUAAACCACAACCGCACAAAGCAUCACCAUCCCAGGACAACGCAAGCCUGCAGAAGAACUUCACACCUUCGAAGGCGCAAAUGACUUUUAAUGAUGGCACAAUUCGGAAGCGAAUCGAAGCUGGCUGCAAUGCAGUCAUCGAGGCGGAGCCGACAAUCACAGAGUACGACACUAUCGUCGGAGACGGUGACUGUGGUUACACACUCCGAGAUGGUGCAAAGCAGGUAUUGACGUUUAUCAAGGGCAAGGAUCUCUCGCGGCUCCCGGAGAUGGUUGGACAGCUUGUGAACGAGCUGGAAGUCAACAUGGGAGGCACAUCCGGCGCCUUAUACUGCAUUUAUUUGACCGCUCUAGCCAGUGCUCUGGCCACAGAGACAAGCGUUGCAAAGGCGCUGAAGGCAGCUGCGGAGCAACUGAUGAAGUAUACGCGAGCAAGAGUUGGCGAUCGAACAAUGAUGGAUGCGCUGUUGCCGUUUAUCAAGACACUGGUGAACGGCGAGGAUGCCGAGAAGGCUGUCCAGGCGGCGCAUGAGGGCGUGGAAGGCACGAAACGGAUGGAGGCCAAGCUUGGAAGGAGCACGUACUUGGAUGAAAGCGCGACACGUGGUGUGCCAGAUCCUGGAGCUUAUGGGUUGUACAUCCUGCUGAAGGGUAUGUCGGCUGCCUAA